AUGAGAUUCCACCGUCAAGGUACCGCAGCCACCGUAGGCGUACUGCUCAUUGUGCUGCUUGGUUUCUGUUGGAAAUUAUCUGAAUCUUAUGGCAUAGUGUCAACUGCCCUACCACACAAGCAACCUGCAACCAAAAUCACAGACACACCUUCUAUACGAUGGGAUAAUUACCAUGAGUUUGUCAGAGACAUUGAUUUUGAUAACAGCACGGCUAUCUUUAAUUCCAUUCGAGCUGCUUUAAGACAGUCUCCAUCGGAUAUACAUCCUGUCGGAGUAUCUUAUUUUCCCGCUGUAAUUCCCAAAGGAACUUUAAUGUACCAUGCCGGAUCAAAAGUGCCAACUACCUUCGAAUGGCUGGCUAUGGACCACGAAUUCAGCUACUCUUUCGGCUUGAGGUCACCAUCCUAUGGGAGAAAAUCUUUGGAAAGAAGGCAUGGGAGGUUCGGCAAUGGCACCCAUGGUGAUCAUCCAAAAGGGCCACCACCACCACCACCACCAGACGAAAAAGAUCGAGGUUCACAAAAAAUGCUUACCUAUAGAGCAGCACGGGACCUCAACAAAUUUCUCUAUCUUGAUGGGGCUUCUGCUGCAAAAACUGACUCAGGAGAGAUGGACACGCAGCUAAUGUUGUCAAAUGUUAUUAAAGAGAAAUUGAACCUUACAGAUGAUGGUGAAAACGAACGAAUGGCCGAACGACUCUACGCUGCUAGAAUAUGCAAAUGGGGGAAGCCAUUCGGGCUUGACGGAAUUAUCAGGGUAGAGGUUGGCUUUGAGGUCGUUUUGUGUGAUUUUUCGGCUGAUAACGUCGAACUUGUUUCAAUGUUAGAAAUGGUCCAGCCUAACCAGUACCUAGGCUUACCAGCACCUACCGUUAUAUCGAAAGAGGAAGGUUGGCCUCUGGAUGAAAAUGGAAACCUAGUUGAAGAUCAGCUAACAGAUGACCAAAAGGCGAUUCUGGAAAGAGAAGAUGGUUGGGAGAAGACUUUUUCUAAUUUCAACGCAGUUAAGAGCUUCAAUCAGUUGAGAGCGGGUACAGCGCAUGACAACGGGGAGCAUCGAAUCCAUAUCGACUAUAGGUACCUAGUGAGCGGGAUAAACAGGACUUACAUUGCUCCUGAUCCUAACAACAGAAGAUUACUCGAUGAAGGAAUGACAUGGGAAAAGCAAUUGGACAUGGUAGAUGACUUAGAAAAGGCUCUGGAAGUCGGAUUUGAUGCCACGCAAAGUAUGGAUUGGCAGUUAGCAUUUGAUGAGCUUGUCCUUAAAUUUGCUCCAUUACUAAAAUCUGUUAGUAACAUACUGAACAGCAAUGGUGAUAUUAAUGAGUCAAUUGCCAUCAAUGCAACAGCACUCACAUUGAACUUUUGUUUAAGGUUUGAGCCUGCAAGCAACAACAGUGAUGAAUUCGGUAGCGGGAAAGACUUUGCUGUCUACCAAUAUGUGAGCCCAUACCAGGCCUUAAAAACGGAUGCAGACUUUUUGAUUUGGUCAUCUGCUGUCAGCGUGGUCGGAGAAAUUGUUGAUGCCAUUUAUAAAGUGAAUGAUUUAUUGAUACCCGAAGUCUACUCUUUUAUGACAGAUAACACAACUUCCAGCGACUUAAUAAAGAAUGUCGAAACGGCUCGCUCCACUAUCGAUGGUUUAAUUGAAUCUCUAGGGUGGAUUGAACUAAAUUACCGUUGUGAGAGACAAUGCAAUUGGGAUGAAGUUUGUUACACUCCUUCCUGGGGCCCAUCUCCAAUGGGUAUGACUGAACCAGGUUCCCACAAUGAGGGAUUUGGAACCCACUUUGAUGAAUCUCGACAAAGGUUGGUUAUUAACAGUAAACUACAGUGUAUCAAUAUAAAUGAUUUGAUGGUUAAUCGUAAUCAUUAG